GGACCGAGGAAAGAAGCCAAUGAGGAGGAGCAGGAGAGAGGAGGGGGAAGGGGCCUGCUUGAGUCGUUAGUCACAGGACAAGGGCUAGGGCAUAGAGUCUGAUGCAGGGUAAACUGGUACAGAAGUCUUGGUUUUGAGGGCGAUUUGGGCCAUGGACACCCUAAUCUGAGGGAGCAGGGUUUUGUUCUCAAGGAGAGGGGUUUGUUCCCUGCGUCUUUAAAGAGAGCUCAGCUCUGGACUUUGUGUCUAAGGGAAGCCUCUAGGGUCUGAGCAGCCGAGACUGAAGGAGGCCGGGGAUUGCACUCCUUCGCGGUCAGGGCUGAGGAUUGUAUUCUGAGGCCCCGAGGAGGAGGCUCGUUCCCAGGUCCUGAUCAGCUCUUCCCAGCCUCAGAGAAGCCAUGGGAGCCUGCCGCAUCCAGUAUGUCCUGCUCCUCUCUCUGCUGGGCUUCUGCCCCUGCUCAGAUACUCUGAAGUGUCAGAAGGGAAUUAUGGUGAAAUUAGGUAGUGGCUUCACUAAGUCAGAAAUUAAAUGGAUAUCACCUGGGACCACUGAAACUGCACCUGAGGAGAUAUGUCAGGAGACACUGCUGCUCAUAGAUGUAGGUGAAAAAUCUCUCAUAUUGGCAAGUAAAGGCAGCAGCAAGGCGGAGAGUAAAAGUGUCAAUGAUGUCCAGGUGUUUUCCGGAGGACCUGGAAUAGUGACUGCCUCUUAUGUCCACUUCUGUAACACUGAACUGUGCAACAGUGCUAACAGCACCAGUGUCCUCAUUAAAAACGUGAAACUUUCAGAGUCCUCUGGACAGGGAUCCAUUCAAUGUCCUGUCUGUUUGCACUUUCGGGGUUCCUGCUCCCAGCAUACCAAAUUUGUCCUCUGCCCUAAGGACACUCGUUGCUAUUUCAGUGACAUGACUGUAGAAGGAGGUGGGCUCAAGAACUUCUUUAGCCUUGAUGGGUGCCUGGCCAACUCAGCCAAAAACCUAUUGAAAAGCCAAACUUCAAUCGGAAUCUUCUCUGUAGUGGAAGUUUCUAAUCCAGGCUCCAGCAAGUCACCCUCACGUGUAGUCGCAAGCAUUCUCCUGACCUGGAUGUUAGGGCUCAGGGCUCUUCUCAGCUCUUUGUAUGCUGGGAUCUGUCCUCUCUGCUGAACCCAUUUCCUGACCAUUCUUAAUCCCUCUUGGCCACCCAGACCCAGCCCUCCUCUGACUUCAAAGACCCGAGGCUGGGCUCUGUUGGCCUGUGCUUCUCCUGGGCGCCCUCAUCCCUCACCCACACACCUCUGCCCCUCAUGCUUAGACUUGGGAGCCACUGAGCCCAGCCGGCUCCAGAGCAGACAAGCACACGUUGACCACGUGUGGAAAAAUAAAGUUGCUGUUGUUUGUCCAA